AUGCCGAAUGCCGUCGACGAAUCGGCGGAGAAGCCUCCAGCGAGGUUCUCGACAUCUUCCGGAUCGCCGCGUCUCAGGGGCAUGAGGGCCCUGGUUGGGAGCGCGCCAGAUGGCGCUGCAGACCCAACAGCACCAACUGCCAGAUGGCGAGCCAAGUGCGAUUGUGAACUCGGCCCUUCAUCCACUUCAGAACAGCCAAACCCACCACCAUGCUCUGGCCAAACCUACCACCCUCAACUGGAGGGGGCUGUUGCCAUGCACAGAUCAGGGAGGUCGAGCCGCCCCAGCCAGGCACAGGUCCUGCCAGAGCCAAUUGGUGAAGUGGCUGCGAACUCUAUUGCUCGGACAAGCGGAAACCCGCGGAGUCGCGGACAUGCGUGGGUGUCAUACCCGUCCACGAUGCCCACCUCGAUCGCUCCACGCUGCGAUUCUGUACCUGAUGGGCCCAUGGCCCAUGAAGAGCACCUGUCGGGGCCACUGAAGAAACGUGUGUAA